AUGGCGGAAAGGGGAAGUGCGCGAUUCAAAGCGGCCACGAACGAAGGAAUGAGCUAUCGCGUCUUCAUCGUCUACUCUUAUGCUCUCUCCGGCAUUUUUCUCCUUCCUUUCUCCCUCUUCGUCGACAGAAGGAAAGAACUUCCUCCAUUCGACAUGGGCCUUAUCGGUAGAAUCUGGGUCCUUGGGUUUCUUGGAUUUGCAGCUCAGAUGUUGGCGUAUCAGGGCAUAGAGUACAGUUCUCCAACUCUUACUUCCGCCAUUAGCAAUCUCACUCCAGCGUUUACCUUCGCACUCGCCAUCGCUUUCAGAAUGGAAAAACUAGCAUUGAGAAGCUUAAGCAGCCAGGCUAAAAUUGUGGGUGCCAUCGUAUCUAUAGCAGGAGCACUUGUGGUGGUUCUCUACCAAGGUCCCAUAGUUGUGCGAGGCUCAUCAUCAUCAUCCAAAUCGCUUUAUCUAGCUCUGAGAUCACCACAAUCAAAUUGGAUCAUUGGUGGUGCUCUUCUUACAGCUAACUGUUUUGUACUCUCCCUUUGGUAUAUUAUACAGACCAAAAUUGUCGAGAAGUAUCCAGCGGAGCUACUUGUAGUGGCUCUCUACACCUUAUGUGUGGCCAUCAUUACUACACCAGUGGCGUUCAUUCUUGAACCAAACUUGAGUGCAUGGAAAAUAACUACUAAGAUGAUGUUGAGUGGCAUUUUGUAUUCUAAGGGCCCGGGAAUACUAUUUCAGAUUGAACAGCUUUAUUAG